AUGGAUUGGAAAGACACAAUCCAGUGGAUCAUCUCAACUGGUGUAUCAUUCCUCGACGCCCUCCGGCUCCAAGACGAGCUGGUUCAACUCCGGACCAGCUUGCCCAGAGCUCGUGCCCUCAUGCAUCGUGCUGACUGGGGCAGAUUCAAAAGCAAGGACCUUUCAGUGCUCUUCUCACAACUCAGGGACACCAGCUGCGAUGCGGAGGAUCUUCUCCGCGAGUUCGAGUAUCAGGAGCUGCGACAAAAGAUACACACCGCCGACAGAGGAAAGGCAGGUCAACUCUUGUCAUCCUCCGCUAACUUUGCAAGAAACCUAUACCGUGGUAGCAAAAGUAAAGUGACUGCAAUCCAGGCCAAGGUUGACAAACUUACCACUGAGCUAGAGGGGCUACUCAACCUCUUGGGUCUAAAUGUUGAGCCAGUGCAGCUUGGAAAGCAGCUCAUGCCAGAGACAAGUUCAAUGAUCAAGGAGCCCCUAGUGUUUGGACGUGACAGUGAAAGAGAUCUAGUGAUUGACUUGCUGCAUGUGCCACUCACGAAUUCCAGCUCGUACUCCUCUGGGAAGACAACAGCAGCUGCUUUUACUUCAAAAUCCAGAGCAAAGAAACUGAAAGGUGAGAGUAGCACAACAGGAUUGCGCAAUCAGACCAUAAACACUUAUGGAGUUGUUUCUGUUUUGCCAAUUGUUGGCAUCGGUGGAGUGGGGAAGACCACUCUUGUUCAGCUAGUUUACAAUGAUACAAGGGUGAAAACCCACUUUGGUUUGAGGAUGUGGGUUUGUAUUUCUGACGUUUUUGACAUUAAGAAGAUAAUCAAAGAUAUCAUCGAGUGUGCCACUGAUGGAGUAUGUGAUAUGUCCCGCAGUUUAAAUGUUCUUCAAGGGGAACUAAGGAAAAUUCUGAUGAAGCAAAAGUUUCUUCUAGUGUUGGAUGAUAUAUGGCCAAAUGCUAUUGAUGAAUGGCAGACAUUUUUUGCACCAUUCAGGAAUGUACUUGAAGGCAGUGUCAUCUUAGUGACUACAAGAUUUGCGACUAUUGUCAACCUUGCCACAAACACUAGGACCAUUGAACUCAAAGGAUUGCCUGAAGAUACAUUUUUGGAGUUCUUCAACAUAUGUGCAUUUGGUACAGAUUGUGCAGAAUCGUAUCCAAAGUUGCAGGUCAUUGGUCAGGACGUGGCCUCUCGGUUGUGUGGGUCUCCUUUGGCAGCUAAAACUCUUGGACGCUUGUUGAAUAUGGAGCUCACAGAACGCCAUUGGAUAACUGUCCAGAAUAGUGAAUUGUGGGAGCUGCCACAUCAGGACAAUGAGAUAUUGCCAGCCCUUCAACUCAGCUACCUCUACCUUCCACCGGAACUUAAGAGAUGCCUUGCACUUUGUUCAAUGUUUCCCAAAGGUUAUAGAUUUGAAAGAGAUGAGAUAGUUGACAUUUGGGUGACACAUGGCUUUGUUUUACCGGAAGGAAGCAUGCAUCCUGAAGAGUUGGGUGUUGCAUACUUGGAUGAUUUGAGAAGCAGAUUUCUUCUUCAAACUGAUCCUAGGUUCCGUGAUCUAAGUAGAUAUGUAAUGCAUGACUUGAUCCAUGCCAUGGCACAAUCUGUUUCACUAGAUGAAUGUUUUUUGUUGCAAGAUAAGAACUAUCCUAAUCAGAGGAAAAUACCACCCACAGUUCGUCAUAUGUCAAUUGAGGUACACAGUGAAGCUCACAACAGAAUGGCAGAUAUUCACCAUUUGGAUAAAUUGCAUUCACUUAGGUUUGGGACUAGAUCCAAAGUUAGAAUUUCAUGGUUAAAUAAGCUUUCCAACAUCCUCUUUUUGAGUCUAAAAGGCUGCGAGCUGAAAAACUUACCUGAGAGCAUUUGUGUCUUGAAUCAUCUUCGCCACCUUGAUAUAUCUCAUAGCAGAAUAAUUGAGCUACCUGAUAGUUUUCGGUGCCUAUACAGCCUACAGGUUCUCAAUGCUAGUCAUUCAAGACUGCGAACAAUUCCUGAUGGCAUAACAACGCUAGUCAACUUGCGUAAUCUAGCACUGCCAGGGAAUGCCUCACAUAAUAUGUCAACAAAAAGUGGUCUUGGAAAUUUGUGCUCUCUGCGGAACUUGAGCUAUUUUACGGUUGGAGAAGGUAAUGGGAGGAGAAUUAGUGAGUUGAAGAACAUGAAUCAGCUGAGAGAAAUGCUAUCUAUCAAAUCUUUUGCUAACGUUCAGAGUAUGGAAGAAACUGCCGAGGCUAGAAUUGUUGACAAGCAAUACCUUAAGGUAUUAAUUAUACAUUGGCGACAAUGUAGAUUCUUCCCGAAGGAACAUGAACAUGACAAUAGCAAUACACUCGAAGGCUUGCAUCCUCAUUCAAGAAUUGAACGUCUUGUACUCGAAGGCUUUCGGUUUGAUAACUUAGCUCCAAGUUGGUUAACUCCUGAAAACCUACCUUCAUUAAGGAAUCUAGAUCUUUCCCAUUGCAGCUUGAAAUAUUUAUCAAUGCCACUUGGUUUUCCCAUCACUACUCUGCGUCUUUCCUGGUGUUGUGGUCUGAGAAAUCUUGAUCAGUGCCUGGACCCAGAACAUUUGCCAUUUGUCAAGUCAAUAGAGCUUGAUUGGUGUCCAAAUCUAGUAUCGGUUCCUGUGCACAGUUUUGUGGGUUUUGUUUUCCUUCAAGAUCUGAGAAUCCACCAGUGCUUCAAGUUGGUGUGCCCUAGGGAAAUGGUUUUGCCCCCUGCACUCAGAAGACUUUCUGUUUCCUUUUGCGGUGAGCUUGGCAAUUCAUUUCCAGAUUGCUUAGAGAAUCUCAACUUUCUCACCCUUCUGCAUUUGGAAGCGUGUCUCACUAUAAGGCUCAUUCGUUUGAACUCGAUCAACACAAACAUGCUAAGUUGUCUGGUUCUUCGUCAUUGCUCAGAACUGUCAUCCAUCGAAGGAUCUGGCGCUCUUCUGUACAUGAAGUAUGUUGACAUAUUGAGCUGCCCUAAGCUCACAGGGAUAAGUCAACCAUUCAAAAGGAAUAAACUGGAGAAAGUAGAGGAGACAGAACUGCUAGAAUUUAUCAAACCACGCAAGGAAUGA